AUGCAAACAUACGCUGGGGAUGUGCUGAAGGCACUCAAGUCUUUACAUGACAUGUCUAGCACUCGUAUUUCUGAACAUCUUGCUGAUUGUGGCCAUGAAUUACGUCAUGAGUUCUUGCCAGAGUGUCACAUACCCAUCCCGACGAAAGUUCAAUGUGCACCAGAUUUGAAGAGUCCUGCGCUAUCGGGCAUUGACAGCGCACCGAUCGACAUACCUUUCCCGGAGGAAGAGCCUGAAUCACUUGGAGCACAGGACAGUCCUACCGUUAUUCUAGAAGAGCAAACCAUGAUCAUUUCUCUCUCAGAACAGAGUGCUGCACUACCUACAGGUGGCUGUGAGGGUUCACAGCCCUAUUUGACGCCUUCGAUCACAGUCCCUUCCCACGUCGGUGCCAUGGGCUACUCAGUACUCGUGGAUAUUCAGUAUCCGUUCAAGAAACCUAUAGGCGCUCUGAGAUUUAUAGCAAGUCCCAGCCGCCAAGGUCUUCGACAAGUUGUGGCGCAAAUUUUGGCUAGCAAUGAUCCCCCAAAUGACCCGGGUUGGUUCAUAAAAUCAUUGUGUGUUCGAAAGGGGAACAGUUCAUACGAUGUUUUGGGCUACCCACAGGAUGACAUUGGUAGUUUACUGGACGAUGUUCUUGAAUUUGAAAAGCUCAUCAAGAUUGAGUGUGUAUGCAGCAUCUAA